AUGGAAGAAAAGUUAAAUGAAAUGGAACAAGCUGGUAUCAUCACAAGGACAUCAACGCCUUACAGUAGUCCAUUGACAUUCACUCUUAAAAAAGACGGCUCAAUUAGAGUACUGCUUGAUGCCAGAAGCAUAAAUAAGAAAAUGGUUGCAGAAACAGAGAAACCACCUAUACAAUUAGAUGUUUUGAAUUCAUUUCACGGAGCGAAUUAUAUCACUACCAUUGACUUAAAUAAUGCAUAUUUUCAAAUUCCGAUAAAUAAAGAUGGUAGAAAAUAUACUGGAUUCACAUUCAAUGGAAAGUCAUAUGUAUAUAAUGUUUUACCGCAAGGAUUAAAAACAUCAGUAGGAAGCUUUAGCAGAGCCAUGAAUUUAAUAUUAGGACCAGAAGUCCAAGAAUUUUGUGUGAACUAUUUAGAUGAUCUAGCCAUUAUUACAACAGGAACGUUAGAUAAACAUUUGGAGCACAUUGAUAUUGUUUUAAGUAAAUUGAACAAAGCUGGCUUAACGUGUAACUUGCAGAAAUGUGAAUUUAUUUGUAAAGAAAUUAAAAUGCUGGGUUUUAUAAUUUCAACAGAAGGCAUAAAGACAGAUCCCGAUAAGAUUCGAGCGAUCCAAGAGUUUCCAGCACCUAAAAAGAUUAAACAAUUAAGGGCCUUUUUAGGUCUAUGCAAUUUUUAG